CGGCGGACUCCAGCGGCGGGACCCCUUCGCCCCGCCCGCCUUCGCCUUCGCGCCCCCGGGCGAGGCCGAGGCUGCGGCCGUGAUCGGCCGGGAGCCGGCGGGGGCGGCCGGGGCCGGGGUCGCGGGCGCCGCCGAGGCGCGCGGGGCGGCGGCGGGGGCCGUGGGGGCCCGGGCGCGCGGGAGCGGGAGCGACCCGGGGAACCCGAUCGCGCUAUGGAGGCGGCGGCGGGCGGCCGCGGCGGCUUCCAGCCGCACCCGGGGCUGCAGAAGACGCUGGAGCAGUUCCACCUGAGCUCCAUGAGCUCGCUUGGCGGCCCGGCUGCCUUCUCGGCGCGCUGGGCGCAGGAGGCCUACAAGAAGGAGAGCGCCAAGGAGGCGGGCGCGGCCGCGGUGCCGGCGCCGGUGCCCACGGCCGCCGAACCACCGCCCGUGCUGCACCUGCCUGCCAUCCAGCCACCGCCACCCGUGCUGCCCGGGCCCUUCUUCAUGCCGUCCGACCGCUCCACCGAGCGCUGCGAGACUGUGCUGGAAGGGGAGACCAUCUCGUGCUUCGUGGUGGGAGGCGAGAAGCGCCUGUGCCUGCCGCAGAUCCUCAACUCGGUGCUGCGCGACUUUUCGCUGCAGCAGAUCAACUCCGUGUGCGACGAGCUGCACAUCUACUGCUCGCGCUGCACGGCUGACCAGCUGGAGAUCCUCAAAGUCAUGGGCAUCCUGCCCUUCUCCGCGCCCUCGUGCGGGCUCAUCACCAAGACGGACGCCGAGCGCCUGUGCAAUGCGUUGCUCUACGGCGGCGCCUACCCGCCGCCCUGCAAGAAGGAGCUGGCCGCCAGCCUGGCGCUGGGCCUGGAGCUCAGCGAGCGCAGCGUCCGCGUGUACCACGAGUGCUUCGGAAAGUGCAAGGGGCUGCUGGUACCUGAGCUGUACAGCAGCCCCAGUGCCGCCUGCAUCCAGUGCCUCGACUGCCGCCUCAUGUACCCGCCUCACAAGUUCGUGGUACACUCGCACAAGGCCCUGGAGAACCGGACCUGCCACUGGGGCUUCGACUCGGCCAACUGGCGGGCCUACAUCCUGCUGAGCCAGGACUACACGGGCAAGGAGGAGCAGGCCCGCCUCGGUCGCUGCCUGGACGACGUGAAGGAGAAGUUCGACUAUGCCAACAAGUACAAGCGGCGGGUGCCCCGGGUCUCCUCCGAGCCCUCGGCCUCCAUAAGACCCAAAACUGACGACUCUUCCCAGUCUCCUGCAUCUUCUGAGAAGGACAAGCAGUCCAGUUGGCUGCGGACUUUGGCCGGUUCCUCCAAUAAGAGUCUUGGCUGUGCUCACCCUCGCCAGCGCCUUUCUGCUUUUCGACCCUGGUCCCCUGCAGUUUCAGCAAGUGAGAAAGAGAUAUCCCCCCACCUCCCAGCCCUGGUUCGUGACAGCUUUUACUCCUACAAGAGCUUCGAGACAGCCGUGGCCCCCAAUGUGGCCCUCGCACCACCAGCCCAGCAAAAGGUUGUGAAUAGUCCGCCAUGUGCCACUGUCGUCUCCCGGGCCCCCGAGCCUCUUACCACUUGUAUCCAGCCACGGAAGCGGAAGCUGACUGUGGACACCCCAGGAGCCCCAGAGGCCUUGGCACCUGCAGCUGCCCCAGAGGAGGACAAGGACUCAGAGGCCGAGGUUGAGGUUGAGAGCAGAGAGGAAUUCACCUCCUCCCUGUCCUCGCUGUCCUCUCCAUCCUUCACCUCGUCCAGCUCUGCCAAGGACCUGAGCUCCCCAGGCGUACAUGCCCCACCCACGGCUGCCCCGGACGCCGUAGCCCAUGCCGACACUCCAAGUGGACUGGAGGCCGAGCUGGAGCACCUGCGGCAGGCCCUGGAGAGUGGCCUGGACACUAAGGAAGCCAAAGAGAAGUUCCUGCAUGAAGUGGUCAAGAUGCGUGUGAAGCAAGAGGAGAAGCUGAACGCUGCCCUGCAGGCCAAGCGCAGCCUGCACCAGGAGCUGGAGUUCCUGCGUGUGGCCAAAAAGGAGAAGCUGCGGGAAGCCACGGAGGCCAAGCGAAGCCUGAGGAAGGAGAUCGAGCGCCUCCGAGCCGAGAAUGAGAAGAAGAUGAAAGAGGCCAAUGAGUCGCGAGUGCGCCUGAAACGGGAGCUGGAGCAGGCGCGGCAGGUCCGAGUGUGUGACAAGGGCUGCGAGGCUGGCCGCCUGCGCGCCAAGUACUCAGCCCAGAUUGAGGACCUGCAGGCAAAGCUGCAGCAUGCAGAGGCUGACCGUGAGCAGCUGCGGGCUGACCUACUGCGGGAGCGCGAGGCCCGUGAGCACCUGGAGAAGGUGGUGAAGGAGCUUCAGGAACAGCUGUGGCCCCGGCCCCGGCCUGAGAACAUAGGCAGUGAGGGCAGUGCCGAGCUGGAGCCCUAGCCGGUCGCCACCUGCCAUGGCAGCAUGGACCCCAGCUUGGCGCAGUAGGCAGUGGUGCGGGGCUCUGCAGGCCCGGCCCGCUCCUCUGCGGCCACACAGCACAACGUCCCUACUGUGCCUAUUACCAAGCAAGUGUUUGUAACCACAGACUUUCGGAAUCCACUGCAAAAUUUUCUACUGGCCAAGUUCGAGUGAGCAAGCUGUGUCCCCAGCUGCAGCCAGAGUCAAGGCUGGCUUGGCGGCUUGUGGCUGGUCCUCUGCUUGCUAGAACAUUCUAACAUUUACACUUUUGUUAUAAGCUAUUUAAAACCAAUAAGGAGACUUGAUAUUCAGAAAAUCAACACGUUUUUUAAUGACUUAACUUUUAAAGGCCCUGACACGCGACGCCAUCUGGACGCCGCCCUGGCGGGCCUGGGAAGCCAUCACUGCUCAUCUGUGCCCGCGGCUGCAAGAGGGCAGCAAGGGUUUUCUUCAGAGUCUUAUUUUUUCAGCGACAAGAGCCCGGGUCUUCCUGCUCUGCCAGGAAGAGCAGGGAGAGUGCCGCGUGCGAGAUGAGCCCAAACACUGCCCGCCUUACCGAUGCCCGCUCCGCCCGCCAACACCGCUGCCACCCUGCGGGCACCAGGAGGGCCAAGCCGCACAGGAGCUGUGGGGAGAAGAUGGAGACCGUCCUGGGCUGCUCUGUGCUCCAGGUGCCACCUGCUCACCUUCACCGCAAGGGCUGACCUGUGUCAGGCGGCUGUGGCCGGAUGGGCACGCCCUCCCCCCACCCCCACCCCCAGGAACACAUGCUGCUUGAUGGCCAUCCAGUUGCAGCUCGGCAGACAGCGCUUGUCAUUUGGGGGCUGGGGCUGCAGCAUUGGAACAAAACACAGCAUUACAUCACUUUUUGUUGUUGUUUGUCAUUUAAACGUAUAUUUAGAACUGCACUUUGUCAAAAAAAAUCCCCCCUUCUCUUUUUACUCCCCAGUUAACUGAGGUUUUUACUGAUUUCUAGAGCAGUUCAAACCCUAAGUGCUCCAGCGCUUAGAAAUCCCCUCUGGUGCUUGGUUGAACAAGGGAAUCACAAGAAAAUGAAAAUGCAGAAACUGAACUUGGGGGUCGUUCUGUGCCUUCCAGCAUCUUGUACAGCAAACCCUGACUCCUGUCUUUUUACCCCCAAAAUAUCGUCUUCAGUAGCGAUUGAAUCUGCCACUGUCAAAAUACGUUACUUGCAUUUAUUCCAAAUAGUUCGUUAUUCCUCACUGUUUAUGCAAAUUGUAUGAGGUUUCUUAUGCCCAAGCUUGAAAAUGAUUUCCCAGUAGACAAGAGGCCGCCACCCAUCCUACAGUUGUGGUAUUUAUUUACGUGAGAAAGAUCACAAGGAAUUCUUUGCUUGAGUCUUGUCACCCUGGCAGCCGCGAGUGGAGGGAGCUGGAGCGCUUGUGCAGGUACAAACGGCCCCAAGGGCCCCGGACCGCGGCAGUGACCAGCAAAGGCCAGAGACUGCUGAGCCCUCACAUCCAUCCGGGUGCCGAGGUCGUCUGCAGGGUUUCGCCCUUGGUUUACUGAGGGGGCUCAGUUGCUGCUGGGAUCCCCCCUCCUUCUGAAGUGCAAUGCAAAAGGGACGUCAUGUAUAUGCAGCGUUUGUUUGGAGUUUUCCUUUUGCUUCUUUUCUUUUGCAGUUAUGAAACCUGUAUGCAUGGGAUUUCACACCUUUCCUUAGGUACACCCAUCCGUGGGCAUUAUUACCGUGUCUUGUAAAGGGUCGGUUUUGUUACACAACAUGCAAAAUGCUGUUUUCGGCCUUGUUUUUCUAGAGUUGUGUUUUUUCAGUCAUUUCUUUAAGGGAAACUAAAUGGUUUAGUUGGAGCAAAGUUUAAAUGUGUUGGUGUGCUUCUGUGUGGCUGUCCUUGUCGCCAAGUCCAGAGGUGGCAGUGAGUCAGGCCCUGCUUGAGUCCUUAGCUCCAGAGGGACAUGCUUUUUCUCAGCUGUGUUGGGCAGUCUCUCCUUGCCCCACCCCUGUCACCAUCAUGUCCCGGCCUCCUUGGCCCAGCACCGUCCCCAGCAUCAGAAGUGCUGUGUCUGCAGUGGGGAUUCUUCCCCCGCCAUGUGCCAGCUAGACCUGAGCCCCUAAAGGUCCUGUCAUCUCACGAGUUGUGCCACGUGGGCCCCUGAGGCUGUGGCAACUUCACCAGCAGCUCACGCUCACUCUGGGCCUUCCGGGCAGUUCCGUGGCUUCUGCCCUGCUCCUUGGGUCCCUGCCCAGGUGAAGCUGCCUGACCACAGGGUUCUCCACCACAGGGCCACUGGACUGAGGGCACAGGGGCCACACGUGCCUGGCUCCCCUGUUAGUGAGGCUGCAGGUUAGUUUCUUUCGUAAAAGGGAGAAGAGGUUUCCACCGUGCUGGCUGUCGACUCCCUGUGUGUAGAGCCCAUUAUCGAGAUGGUUGUAUCAGUUGAAUCGCUCAUUAUUUCUGUUCUGAAAGGUUUUUAACGAAGGGAAAACCAACAGCAAUAACACUCAUAUCCGUGAGCAGCUAACUCGUACACGAUCCCUGCUUUUCGUACAGAACUAGCCAAUGUAAAAACAACUUUUUCAUGUCACACCGCUGUAUUACACGUGUAUGUGGUGGUUCCUUUUUCAGAAACUUUUCUUACCUGUAGUUUUGUUGUUUUCUGGGUUGUUUUUAACUGAGGAACAGAAGCUCAUCAGCCAGAGAGGAUGGAGCCGCCUCGGGGCAGUUUCCCACUUGGCGUCCUCCUCCGUGGCCCUGCCCGCUGGCCCCAUCUCCGGCCCAGGCUGGUCCUCUGCACUCCCUCCCCUCCUGCCCGCAGCCCAGGGCCAGGGGAGACGCAUCUUUCUCUUCCUGCUUUAAGUCGUUUUUUUUCAGUUAAGGAUGGAAGCCCCACCUCUACCUUUAUAACCAGCCGGAGCCCCUGCAUCCUCUGUGUCCUGCGCUGCUGCUAAUGACAAUUUGAUGGCUUACUCUGCUAUUGGAAAACUAUUUUUAUGUCAUUAAUGUAUGCUUUCUUGUUUAUAAAUGCCUGAUUUAAAAAAGGAAAAAAAGAAAAAG